AUGCUAUCUCAUUGGUUCGCGGAGUCAGAAAUCCGCCCAGGUGUAACAAUUCAGCUCAACCAAACUUGGACGGUGCUUGAAGCAUGUACGGAGCAUAUCUCGCAAUAUUCUAAGGACCAAGGCAGCCCAGGCCAUCCUCCCGCCUCCGACGCCACAAUCCGACUCAUUUGUGAGCAGACAGAUGGAAAUAUCAAAUCACAUAUAAGGAUCUAUAAACAGAUCCCAGCCGCUGGUACUGAGGCCGAGCCAGCAGCUGUUCGCGCCAAGCAAGCCAAACCCUGUGAGCCGGAUGAAUUGAUAGCUCUCCGUGCCCUUACCAACAAGCGCUCCAGCUUCACGCCGCGCCUGCUGGACUCCAAAAACACAACCCAGGGAGACUCGGGCUUUGUCCCUGGUGGCUUCCUAGUCUAUGUAGCCUGGGAGGUAGUUGCUGGCGAACAACUGGGUACAGAGGGAGGGGACGAAGACUGUGGUUUCUGGAGGAUGGAAAAAGAUAGAAGGGAGAUCGUCCGGGAGCACUUCAAAAACAACUUUCUACAGCUUUCUAAAUGGGGCUAUAUGCCUCUUGGUGGCAGGCUGUCCAACCUCGUCUGGGACGGGGAAUCGUCUACCCUUUUCAUCGUUGGCUUCUAUAUGGCGACGACUAAUAUGAAGAAGAAAAAGUGGUCUCCUGCGGUGUGGUUCGCUUGGGGCCUGGCCAAGUGCCCCCGUCCCCCGGGGCCGGACUGGGAUGGGUCAACGAGUGAUUGGGAGUGGUAG